AUGGCGCCAGUUUUCAGUCUGCCCCUGGGCCUGCACAAAAAGCCCCGGUCAACGCUCGCAGGAAUCUCCUUCCUCCUCGCAUACGUCAUCCUCCGUCGCCAACAAACCCGCACCAAACGCCGUGCCCGUCGUGCCGCUGCUGCUGCAGGAAAGGAUGGUGUAGGAGCAGCAGGUGCAGGUACAGGGGAGAAGGGAGGAGUGAAGGCAAGGAGGGUUGGGGUCGAUAAACAUUUCUUGGAGCAGUUGAAGAAGUUGUUGCCGAUUUGUAUUCCGGGUUUUGCGAGUAAGGAGGCGGCACUUUUGGCUGCCCUUGCUACCAUCUUGAUCGCCAGAACGUGGUUGGAUGUCUGGUUCUCGGGGUUGAACGGUGCGGUCGUCAAGGCGAUCGUGUCCCGGGACCGCAAGAAGUUCAUUGCCAACGCCAUUAUUGAGUUUGGCCUUAUGAUGUGGCCCAUGAGUGUGGUCAACAACUCGCUCAAGUUCACCAUCAGUGCCCUCUCACUCUCCUUCCGCGAGCGUCUCACCAAGUUUGCACAUAACCAGUACUUGGAUGGAAUCACGUUCUACAAGAUCUCCAACAUCGACAACCGUAUCCAGAACGCCGAUCAGCUGUUGACUCAGGACAUUGACAAGUUUGCAGACAACCUCAGUCACUUGUACUCGGACAUUGCCAAACCCCUGGUCGAUAUCGUCCUCUUUGCCUACAAACUUGGAGAAGCCAUCGGAGGAGAGGCACCCUUCUACAUGAUCGGAUACUUUUUCUUGUCUGGUGUCAUCCUCCGUGCCCUCUCGCCUCCCUUCGGCAAAUACACGGCGAUCGAACAAAAGUUGGAGGGAGACUUCCGGUUUGCCCACUCACGUAUUAUCGCUCACUCGGAGGAGAUUGCAUUCUACAACGGCGCCGAACGUGAGAAGGAGGGCGUCAACACUAGCUUUGACAAAAUUGCGCGCCAUGUCCGCAAGGUCUACUCGAUGCGCUUCGCCAAUGGUAUCUUGGACUCUGUCCUUGUCAAGUACUGUGCUACCAUGACCGCCUACUAUCUCUUGGCACGCCCAGUCUUCGACCCUGCCUACGCCACGGAGCAUAUGGGUCGUGUUUCGGCUGAUCCCACCAAGAUUGUCGAGGACUACUCCAGGAACUCGGGAUACUUGGUGAACUUGUCACAGGCUGUGGGUCGUUUGAUCCUCGCAGGACGCGAUUUGACCCGUUUCGCAGGAUACACCUCUCGAGUCUCGGAGCUCUUUGAGGUCCUGGACGAUAUCAAGAAGGGCCGUUAUGAGAGGACUAUGGUUGCCAAGGCUGAUGGUGCUUCGUCCCAGAGUGCUAGUGUCAACACAAAUGACUUGAAGGGCAGGGUUGUGACCCAGGAUGGCGUGAUUGUGUUUGACAAGGUGCCUAUUGUCACGCCCAAUAAUGAUAUUCUGGUCAAGGAGCUUAGCUUCAAGGUCACCCGUGGAACUGAUGUUAUUAUCGCCGGACCCAAUGGAUGCGGAAAGUCAUCGCUGUUCCGUAUUUUGGGCGAUUUGUGGCCACUGUUCGGAGGCACGGUGACCAAGCCCCACCCCUCGAAGCUGUUCUACGUGCCUCAGAAGCCUUACCUGGCCUUGGGAACCUUCCGUGACCAAGUUAUUUACCCCGAUACCAGGAAGCAGGCUCUUUCUAAGGGGUUCACGGAUAAGAAGCUUGUUGAACUGUUGAGUGUUGUUCAUUUGGGAUAUUUGAUUGACCGUGAGGGUGGGUGGGAUUCUGUCCAGGACUGGGCUGAUGUCCUUUCGGGAGGAGAGAAGCAGAGGGUAGCAAUGGCACGUCUCUUUUACCACCGGCCCCAAUUCGCAAUCCUGGACGAAUGCACCUCCGCGGUCAGUAUUGACGUCGAAGGGAUCAUGUACGAACACGCCCGGGCGUCCGGAAUCACACUUUUUACGGUCUCGCAUCGCCCGUCCCUGAUCCGGUAUCACGAGUACCUGUUGCGGUUUGAUGGCGAGGGCAAUUACCAGUUUAGGAAAUUGGGAAAGGAGGAUGUGCAGCAGACUGCGUUUGGGUUUGGGCAUGGCAAGACGAAGAAGAUUCGCAAGUUGGAGGAUGAGGUUGCGGAGGGUGAGGAUGCUGACACGGAGAACAGCGUGUAA